UUCAGUCAAGAAGAGGCCAUUAAAAUAGACGAAGAGUUGUUCAGUGAGUAUGGCUUUAGUGUGGAUCAGUUGAUGGAAUUGGCCGGUCUUAGUGUUGCCAUAGCUGUCGCUAAGAGCUAUGGAACAGUUAGCGGUGAUAAGAGGCCAACGGUUCUCAUCUGUUGCGGUCCCGGCAAUAACGGUGGAGACGGACUCGUGGCCGCCCGUCAUCUCAAACUAUUUGGAUUCCUUCCGACAAUAUUCUAUCCAAAGGCUGGAAAUUCUGUUUUAUUUAAGAAUUUGGUCAAUCAGUGCAACAAAUUUGACAUUCAAUUCAUUCCUGAUUUACCCAAAGAGACUCAACAGAUAAAGGAUUCCUACAAUCUUAUAGUGGACGCCAUAUUUGGGUUCAGUUAUAAGCCUCCGAUUCGGCCUCAAUUCGGCGAUAUAUUAAGAAAAGUGGUGGAAUCGGGUCUAUCGGGUGUUCCCAUUAUAAGUGUUGACAUUCCCAGCGGUUGGAAUGUAGAGGAGGGCCCGCCAACUGACGGAACGCCUGUGAUUGAGGCCGACUGUUUGGUAUCGUUGACGGCUCCCAAGAAAUGUGCCAAACAUUUUACCGGUCGAUACCAUUGGUUGGGCGGACGAUUCAUUCCUCCGGUGUUGGCACUCAAAUAUGAACUCAAUUUGCCUGAAUAUCCGUCAACCGAACAGUGCCUUCUCCUCCACCGAAAAGAUUAAUGUCCUGUAAAUCAAUCGCUUCUGAGAUAAAUGGGUCUCAAUUUAAAUACACGUCUAUUUUUAAAUAUGUUUUGCAUAAUAAAAUGUUUCUAAAUACUAAAUAAUUAAA